AGAGGAGGAGAGGAGAGGAGAGGGAGCAGGUUCUCAGGUUGGAGGGGGCCAAGCCUGUGGCUCGCUGGCCAGCAAGACCAUGCGUUUGUACGUGUGCUGGACUUUCAGAUUGCGAUAGGAUCAUGAAUGCCUUCAGCAUUGUGGAGGAGGACUCUAGUUUCUCAGAGGGGGCCCACUUCCAGUAGCGGCUAUCUGUAUGCCUUCUCUCCCGUGGCGGCUUACUCCUCUUCUCCCCCACCCCCUCUUUUUUUCUUUCUUCUUCUCCCCCUCCUUUCCAUCUCACUAAUUUUGUGGCGGCGAUGAAUUCAAGCAUAAGUUGAGUUUUUCUGCCCGCAAUGGAUUGUCUUUGCAUUGUCACAACUAAGCAGUAUCGCUAUCAAGAUGAGGACUCUCCGCCUGAGCACGGGUUCCCGCGGCUGACCAACGAGGUGCGCGCCCCUGAGCUGGUGCACGUGUCGGAGAAGAACCUCUCAGAGAUUGAGAAUGUGCAUGGCUACGUGUCCCACUCCCAUAUCUCCCCGCUCAAGGCUAGUCCCGCCCCAAUAAUUGUCAACACGGACACUCUGGAGUCUGUACCUUACGUCAACGGGACAGAAAUUGAAUAUGAGUUUGAAGAAAUCACACUAGAGCGGGGGAACUCAGGGUUGGGCUUCAGCAUAGCUGGAGGGACAGAUAACCCCCAUAUCGGCGAUGACCCAGGGAUCUUCAUCACCAAGAUCAUCCCUGGUGGUGCGGCAGCAGAGGAUGGCAGGUUAAGAGUGAAUGACUGCAUCCUGCGGGUGAAUGAUGCCGACGUGUCCGAGGUGUCCCACAGUAAGGCUGUGGAGGCGCUGAAGGUGGCCGGCUCCAUCGUCAGGCUCUACGUUCGCCGGAGGAGACCCAUGCUGGAAACUGUCAUUGAGAUCAAACUCAUCAAAGGACCAAAAGGGCUGGGCUUCAGCAUCGCAGGAGGGGUGGGCAACCAGCACAUCCCGGGGGACAACAGCAUCUAUGUCACUAAGAUCAUAGAUGGCGGGGCAGCACAGAAGGACCAGCGCUUGCAGAUUGCAGACAGGCUGCUUAUGGUGAACAACUACACUCUGGAAGAGGUCUCCCACGAGGAGGCAGUAGCCAUACUGAAGAACACGUCUGACGUUGUCUACCUGAAGGUGGGCAAGCCCACCAAUGUUUACUUAUCAGAUCCCUAUGGGCCACCUGAUAUCAUGCACUCGUUCUCUCCAGCAAUGGAAAAUCAUAUAUCUUCCGUGGGCAACAACGGCACUCUGGAAUACAAGUGCAGUCUUCCCCCCAUGCCCAUCUCCCCCGGAAGGUACUCUCCCCUCCCAAACCAACUUCUCGGUGAAGAGGACAUAAACAGGUUGGAUGGUUUUUCCUUCUUACGAAAUGCCUCAAUAGAUGACGGGGAGGGUCACAGGUUUGAGUCGCAGCACUUCCAGUUGAGGCCUCCUGAACCAGUUUACAGCACUGUGAACAAACUGUGUGACAAAACACCUUCUCCCCGCCGCUAUUCCCCCAUGGAGUGCGACAAAAGCCUCCUCCACUCCAUACCCUUCCCUCACUAUCACUUAGGCCUGCUUCCUGACUCCGAGAUCACCAGGGAACCCAGAAAGAUGGUCCUCCAUAAGGGCUCCACGGGCCUGGGAUUCAACAUCGUGGGCGGGGAGGACGGAGAGGGCAUCUUUGUCUCCUUCAUCCUGGCGGGAGGGCCCGCUGACCUAAGCGGAGAGCUGCGAAGGGGAGACCAGAUCCUGUCGGUUAAUGGCAUCGACCUACGCGGGGCCACCCACGAGCAAGCGGCUGCAGCACUAAAGGGGGCGGGCCAAACUGUCACCAUCAUUGCCCAGUACCGUCCCGAGGAACUUGCUUUGUGCUCCCCACGCCGGGCCCCUUCACCAGCACCAGAGUAUGGGCGCUUCGAGGCCAAAAUCCAUGAUCUGCGGGAACAGAUGAUGAACCACAGCAUGAGCUCUGGGUCCGGAUCCCUCCGAACCAAUCAGAAACGUUCCCUUUACGUCAGGGCACAGUUUGACUAUGAGAAGGCCAAAGACAGUGGCCUCCCGAGCCAAGGCCUCAGCUUCAGGUACGGGGACAUCCUCCACGUCAUCAACGCCUCAGACGAUGAAUGGUGGCAGGCCCGGAGGGUGACCCCCGAUGGGGACAGCGAGGAGAUGGGGGUCAUCCCCAGUAAGAGGAGGGUUGAGAGGAAGGAACGAGCACGUCUAAAGACAGUGAAGUUCAAUGCCAAACCUGGAAUCGAUUCAAAAGGGUCAUUCAAUGACAAGCGUAAAAAGAACCUCAUCUUUACACGAAAGUUCCCAUUCUACAAGAACGAGCUGGGUGAGCAGGAUGACAGUGAUUCUGAACGGAGUCAAGAGGACAUGAUUCUCUCUUAUGAGCCUGUCAUUCGACAAGAGAUUAAUUACGCCAGACCCGUCAUAAUCCUUGGACCAAUUAAGGACAGAAUCAAUGAUGACCUGAUAUCAGAAUUCCCUGACAAAUUUGGCUCCUGCGUGCCACCGGCUAACAGUUCAGGGCAACGAGAUACCACUCGAUCGAGGAGGGACUACGAGGUCGAUGGGCGGGACUACCAUUUUGUAAUGUCCAGAGAGCAGAUGGAGCAGGACAUCCAAGAGCACAAGUUCAUCGAGGCGGGCCAGUACAACGACAAUCUGUAUGGAACCAGUGUUCAGUCGGUCAAAUAUGUGGCUGAGAGGCAGGGUAAACACUGCAUACUUGACGUGUCGGGGAAUGCCAUUAAACGACUACAAGUAGCACAACUCUAUCCCAUUGCCAUCUUUAUAAAGCCUAGAUCCAUCGAUUCAUUAAUGGAGAUGAAUAAGAGGCUAACAGAAGAGCAGGCCAGGAAGACAUUUGACCGGGCCAUGAAGCUGGAGCAGGAGUUUGGCGAGUUUUUCACAGCCCUUGUUCAAGGAGACACCUUAGAAGAAAUUUAUAACCACUGCAAAAUGGUGAUAGAGGAGCAUUCUGGACCCUACAUCUGGAUCCCAUCAAAGGAGAAAUUAUGAGAAUACACCAAUUUGGCAGGGAGAUUGGACUGCUAGAAACAAAAUACUUUGUAACAUAUGAUCAAUUGUAAUGGCAAUUUAUAUUGUUCAUAAUUAUAGCCAAUUAAUGAUUUUUUGUUAUUGUUUCUUUUUUUCACUUUCAAUAUGAAUGUUCCUGAAUGUACACCACAAAGUUUAAGAAACAUUUUUGGCCGAACAAAUAUUACUGUUUGUAUAUUUAAUGAUUUUUAUUUUUAAGAAAAUGCAAAGGAAAUUAAAUAAACAUGGGCAUGUGUUCACCUCGACACUGCGUGGAAUUUCAAAUGAAUUUUCAAAGAUGGCAGAUACACAAGUCAACAAAGGAGGGGAAGGAAAUAAUAUCAGCUUCUUUUGCUUUUCUCCACCCAACAGCUAGCACUUUGUGUCCUCUGACGCUCACCUCACAUCAGUAGUUGACAUUUUGUGUGACUUUGGCAUCUAUGCACUCCCUUGGACACAGUUCAUCAUACUCCUUGUUACAUUGUUAUUUUGUAUUCAUUUUAUUAUGUUGUGAAUCCAGAUUUGUUGGAAAUGUUUAAUUUGAAUGAGAAUUGUCCUCAACUGGAUUGUUUAUUAUGCGUAUUCUUUCAUAAAAAAAUACAAUUAUUGUUAAGAUGCUUUGAGAGGGUACAACAGCACAUAAAAUAUUUAUUAUAAAGAUGUAUAACUUUGAUUAAAAAUGUUAUUUGAAAAAGUAUCUUGUUUGACAGUGCGCUGUAGAUUUAGUGAUGAUGGGGUUAUUAUUUAAGAGUAAAUGGAAAAGUACAGGUCAAGAACUUAGGAAUAUAAGGUUCUAUCUGCAUCAAAAUUGAGUUAUUGACAUAGUUCUGUUCAAUGUUCUCU